AUGCCAAUCCAAGUCCAACCGAUCCUCUUGUGCAGUGUGCUUGUGGGGUAAAUUAAGCCAGAAGCAGCACGGCUUACAACACGCCGCCGCGGCCGAUAUAUAAGGUUGAAAGCAUAGAGAUUUCGAUUCAUUUACGAUCAGUUAUAAUUAUGAAACGGAUUAGUUUUAUGACGAAUAUAAUAUACUAGUAGUGUUUUCUUCAGUAUAAAAUUACGAUAAAUCAUAACUUGAAUAUAGUAAAAGAAAAUAAUAAUAAUUUGUGUAUGGACUUAAGAAAUAAAUUUGAUUGUGAAUAAUAUAGAUAAAUCAGGACAAAUUAAGUGACGAUUGAUAGUGAAUUUUACAGACAAUUUAAAGUGUUGUUAGUGUAACGGAAAAAGUUCGUGUAAUUUUUUUGAUACAAUUCUUUGGAUUUAAUUGAAAUUCUGAAAUUAAUUGUAUAUAUUUUCAACAAAAUGGCAUUCAAGAUUAAUGUCCUAUGUGUGGCAAUAAUGCUAACAAUUACCUAUUCUCAUUUUAUAAAAGAAACAUCUGCCUUCUGUUCCUUGGAAAAAAUGAAAACCUUUGCUGUUGAAGCAUGUGAACAUUUAUUCGCUAAUGACGAGCCCUCAACAAUAAGACAUAAAAGAGAAUUUCAUCAUCAUCGAUCAAAAUCAAAUGAACUUGAAUCUGGAUUUCAUCACAAGAAACAUCAUCACACAUUUGCUGUCCGCCGAAGUUCUUAUCCCCGAGGAGGUUACCUCAAAGUGGCUCAAUCACAUUUUGAACGUUUAAGCAAGCUAAGCAUUUUUCCCAUGUACAAGUCUCAUGUGAAUAAAAAAUACCACGAUGAAGAUCGACAUAAGCGCGAUGCAAGUCCUUAUGUUGGUUUGCCUUAUUGCUGUUAUAAUAAAUGCGAUGAAGAUUUCUUCUGCAGAUAAACAAAAAAAAACAAAAAAAUUAGUUUAAUAAAACAAAAAUAAGAAAAAGUGAAACUUACCACCUCAACAGUAUUAUAAAACAAAUAUAGGUUAAAAUAUUAUUAGAUUAAUUCUUAAUUAAUGAAUUAUAAAAAUAAGAAAUUUUUAUUUUAAUAUUAAGUAUUUUUUGUUUGUAUGUUUUGUUUCUUAGAUAAAUAUUUCCUUGUCAUCCAUUUUAUAUUGUGAUAUAUCAAAAUAUUUAUAUGAAUUUCAUUACAAUCUAAGGUCCAUAAUUAUUAGUAUAUCGUUAUUUUAAA